GGUCACUAAGGACGCGUAAAUUCUUGGCACCCUGAGUAAAAACUUGAAUUCUUGUUUUUUUUUUUGGAUUAGCCUACAUCUACACAGCAACAACCCGUGAAUUAAUUUCUUGAGACCAGAUGUGUAAAGGCAGUAGCAUGAACAGGCACUUAAGACUGCAAAUACACCAGAGGUGAGCUACAGUGCCGCUCUCUGAUUCAGCACCGGGUGAUGGAUAGCUCACCGACUUAGUGCGCGCACAGGCUUUCAGAGCGCGGAACCAAUUUGGCACGGCGCAAGUGAGGAGGGCGACACGUCUUUCGAUGCUCCGAAGUUAUUCAGUCACAGCAUCGUCAUCCUCACUCCCCGCCCACGGAUAUAAGCGCAGCGGUAGUAACAGUAGUGGUGAAGUUGUCCUGAUAUGCCUCCCGGCUGCGAAGAUGACAGAUUUUGCUCACACAUCACGGUCUCAAGGUAAUGCUGUGGCAGUGGGCAGAAACACCUCCGUGCUCUCCGAUGAGGUCGGACUUCUUGCUACCAGAGUACAAAAUGGGACACAACCACCUGGUCUGUGUGAAGGCGGCUAUUCUCUGUGCGCUGCUCCUGUGUCCGUCAGUUCUUUGCCACGAGAAGACCCAUUCGCAUGCUGAGGACGAUCUCUUCAAGACGUUGUUUGCUGGUUACAACAAGUGGUCGAGGCCCGUGCCAAACAUCUCUGACGUGGUCAUUGUCAAGUUUGGACUGUCCAUAGCACAGCUUAUUGACGUGGAUGAGAAGAACCAAAUGAUGACAACCAAUGUGUGGCUUAAACAGGAGUGGAAUGACUACAAACUACGCUGGAGACCAUCCGACUAUGACAAUGUGACGUCCAUAAGAGUGCCGUCAGAGCUCAUAUGGGUACCAGAUAUUGUCCUCUACAACAAUGCUGACGGUGAGUUUGCUGUGACCCACAUGACGAAAGCUCACCUGUUCCACAAUGGUCAAGUUCGCUGGGUCCCUCCUGCUAUUUACAAGAGCUCCUGCAGCAUCGACGUCACCUUCUUCCCCUUUGAUCAGCAGAACUGUAAAAUGAAAUUCGGCUCCUGGACGUAUGACAAGGCCAAGAUUGACCUGGAGCGGAUUGAAAACACCGUUGACCUGAACAACUACUGGGAGAGUGGUGAAUGGGCCAUCAUCAACGCUGUGGGAACAUACAAUACAAAGAAAUAUGACUGCUGCCACGAGAUCUACCCAGACAUCACCUACUUCUUCAUCAUUCGAAGGCUCCCCUUGUUUUACACCAUCAACCUCAUCAUCCCCUGUUUGCUGAUCUCUUGCCUCACUGUUUUGGUUUUCUAUCUACCCUCAGACUGUGGAGAGAAGAUCACCCUGUGCAUCUCUGUGCUGCUAUCCCUCACUGUUUUCCUUCUCCUCAUAACGGAGAUCAUCCCGUCCACAUCCCUCGUCAUCCCGCUCAUUGGCGAGUACCUCCUGUUCACUAUGAUUUUCGUCACCCUCUCAAUUGUCAUUACUGUCUUUGUGCUCAACGUGCACCAUCGCUCUCCCAGCACUCACAAGAUGCCCCAUUGGGUCCACUCCGUGUUCCUGGACCUGAUCCCGCGCUGGCUGUUCAUGCGACGGCCCUUACCAGAUGGACGGCAGCGCAGGCUGUUGGUGCUCCAGCAGGAAGCUGUGGUAGAGCGGCAGCAGGGCCGGAUAGCCGGGUACAAAUCUACAAACUGCCUCAGCACCUCGGCUAACUGGUUAGGAGAUGGGACCCCGUCAGAGGACCCUGAGAGAAGCAGUUACGAGGAUUUAGAGCUGGGAACACUGACGUCAUAUUUCUCCUUCCGCCCUCCUUCGCCCAGACCUCCAGGGUCGACUCCUCCACCACAACAGAAAAACCCACAGAACAGCCAGAACCGACAGGAGGGGGCUUCAGGGACAAACAGACAGUUAACGGGAGCCAAAGUCAAUCUCACUCAGAGGGCAACUAAAGUUGAUAAUACAGUAUCAGACUCAACGCACCUGCUUUCACCAAGUGUUAUGCGCGCUCUAGAAGGGGUACACUACAUUGCAGAUCAUCUGAGGGCUGAGGAUGCUGAUUUCAGCGUGAAAGAGGAUUGGAAGUAUGUCGCCAUGGUGAUUGACCGCAUCUUCCUGUGGAUGUUCAUUAUUGUGUGCCUGCUUGGGACCAUAGGCCUCUUCCUACCCCCUUGGCUAGCUGGCAUGAUCUAGCCUUUUUGAGAAAGAGUAAAAAAUCCAUAAUCACCAAUAGUUAGUAAUGUAUGACAUUCAAAAUGUAGCUGAACUCUACUUUUUGACUGGGAAUGUGACUCAAGUUUGUGUGACUUGCUACGUUAGUGGCCUCAUGAGGCUAACGCUCUUUACACAACACCAAAACAAAAGGGUUUAUCCUCUGUACAGCAGUCAGUUUAGGAUGUCUUAGACUCAGCUUGCCAGGCUCAGCUGUACAGUCUUGGCUCAACUUUCAUCUGUCCAAGCUGCAUUUUGUCGGCCGUAGUUCCUCAACCUCACCUGUAAUAUUAUUUAGGCUGUGUUUGACCCGAAUGCUAACAUUAGCAUGUUAACGUACCCAAGAGUUAGCCAUUUUUAACUUAAAGCUAGAGUGCUGAACUAUUCGCAGUAUACCUGUGUUUAAAUCUAGUGUCUGUGGCCACGUUCCCGCACUGGCACACAGGUAGUGAUGUGAUUUAUGCCAGCCAGCAAUGAUUGGUUUGCCUGAAGGGGGAGCAACCAUAGCGACAGCAGCAACUCAGUAUGGCAGAGCCUAUACGUCAUAAGCACGUGUCAGCAGUCUUAUAUAAUUACAUUCACUGUCAGAAGAGGGAGACAAAUGUUUCGCGCUGCAAGUUUAAGUUAAUCAAUUGUUGGAUGUUGACAUGGUAAUGUUUAGCACGUAAGAUUUGCCAUGUUAGCGUGUCAAUGUUAAUAUGCCAAUGUUUAGUAGUAGUUAUAGUUGUCUCAUUAGCAUGUUAGUUAGUGUAACAUGCUACUUAAAAAGUGUGGUGGCAGCAUCAGUGUUGGGUAAGGUGUAACAUAGUAAUCUUUAUGUCUUAGCUAGGGUGGAAUGAUCAACAUCAUUUUUUGUCUCUGUGCCUUCAGUGGAGAGACUAGUCAAGAUCAAGGGGGAACCUCAGAGUCUAAAAAGUGAAGCCAAUGUGGAAGUGCCUUAAACCUGCAUUCUUUCUAAUGACCAGCAGGGGGUGACUCCACUGGUUGCAAAAAGAAGUCUGAUUGUAUUAAGCUUAUGGAAAAAAUUGCCCUUACUUCUCACUUGAAUUAUUACCUCAGUUAACACUUUGAUAAUGAGCUUAUGUUCUUAAUUACUAGUUUCAAGUCUUCUUCAAUACCGCAUGAUGUUCAUUUCUAAAUUAUGUUCCAAUUUAGAGAAAAAUACACCAUAAAGCAGGCUGUGCUUUAUUUUGUGAUUGCUAGGCUAUUACAGAUACCUUUCAAUCAGGAUAGAGGCAAACUUGUUUUGGGGCGCUGUCGUGACAUUUUGGUUGCCUGUAAAUGUCUUAAAUGGUCGGUUGUACUAAAAGACACUCAAAGGAGUUGAGCUGUUAAUUUUUAACCAAAUUUGUCGUAUUUACAUGUUUUCUUCUUAACUGUCCAACUAGCUGCUGGUAUACCCAGAAACUGUCUGGGUUUUGUUUAAAGUUGUACAGGUUGUAAAUAGAGGUCUGUGAGGACUGGACUCUGAGGUCACUGGGGCUAGCUGUUAAUGGACAGUAGCUAAAUACCUCCAAUGCCUAUAGGUUGGCUGCACCACAGAGUGUGAGAAUAUGGCGGCUUUGGAGUUUGUAACACAAGCUGAGCUAAGUAACUAAUUACUGCUAGUGUUUAGUUACUAGUGAAGUGAAGUAAUUCCAUUUUUAUUUUCCAAUAAGAAAUCAGUUUGAUUAAAUUUUCCAAAAACUUGC